UGAUUGUAGUCAUGGCCUCGCAUCCCCCACCCCAGGCUGAAAGCGAGCGGGGAGGCUGGGUCCGCGGUCUCCCUUCUCACCCGUGUCCCUGGCUUCCCGUGCCGCCUGUGUCUCAUGUUCUGGACAGGCGCGAAGCCAUGGGGGUCCUUGUCGCCAGGUAUUAGAGCAGACGGGUUUUCGGCCAAGCAGCUCCGCCCGCCCCUGCCGUGGGUGGGGUAGAAAAACCUGAAUCUGGAAGGUCAGAAGGUGUUGGCAGCUGCCUCUGGGGUGAAACACACCUGUUCAGCCCUGCCCAGUAACAUGCUUUUCUUUCUACCCACCCUGCCUAUUGAUAUGGCCCCAGUUACAAUAGAAUCUGGGUGCCUCAUAGGCUUUAAUUAGGGUGCCAACCCUCCAGGAUUGUCCUGGAAUCUCCAGGAAUUAAAGAUUUUGGAAUUAAAUAUUGUCAUGUGAUGAAAUGUCCAGGAAUACGUCCAACCAAAAUUAGUGAUCCUACUUUUAAUAUAUUUAUACUUAGUAUGCUUACUUCGCCUCUGGUAGAAAAGUGCUGUAAAUCCCUAUUUUACAGAUUGGGAGCUGAGGCACCGAGAGGUUAGAUGGUUUGUCCAUAGUCACACAGGAAGGCAGUGACAGAGCAGGAUCUCAAAGCCAGAGUCUAGAGCCCUACCCAUUGGACCAUCUUUCCAGUUUAGUACAGGGAGUAAAUAUGAAUGCAAUACACAGUGAUCAGUUUUUGUUAGAGUAGGUGUAAAUAAGAUGAUGUAACUUGGCCAGGAUACAGAGAUAAAUCCCUUUCUAUUUCUAAGAGUGCGUGGUGUACAAGUGGGCAGGACCUUAGUGUUAUCUGUCGCCCAAAAUAACACAUCGUAUCAUUCCCUGACACCAUGCUGUGUAUUAUUUCAAAUACUGAUUUAGAAGAAAGGGUGUUACUGGCUGAAUUACCAGUGUAAUUGUCUAGGCACUAGAGGUCUCAUCAAAGGGCAUGUCUACGUUUACCUCCAGAGCGAUUGAUCCAGCAGCGGUCAAUUUAUCGCAUUAGUGAAGACGCGAUAAAUUGACCGCCGAGCGCUCUCCCGUCGACUCCGGUGCUCCACCAGGGCAAGGGAUGCAGGCGGAGUCGACGGGGGAGUGUCAGCUGUCGACUUACUGCAAUGAAGACACCGCGGAGGAAGAAAAAUUAAUACAACAGGAACAAACUAAUUUGAAAGCAACAGUUUCUGCUCCCACUACAACACUUAGACUGAUGAAAGAAUGUAUGGUGAGACUAAUCUAUUGUGAAAUGCUGGGAUAUGAGUCCUCCUUCGGAUACAUCCAUGCUAUUAAGCUAGCACAACAGGGAAACCUUUUAGAAAAAAGAGUUGGUUACUUGGCUGUUUCUUUAUUCCUCCAUGAAAAUCAUGAACUGUUGCUUCUACUUGUGAACACAGUUGUGAAGGACUUGCAGAGCACUAACCUGGUUGAGGUGUGUAUGGCACUUACUGUUGUCAGCCAGAUCUUUCCACGGGAAAUGAUUCCAGCUGUACUUCCCCUCAUAGAAGACAAACUUCAGCAUUCUAAGGAAAUUAUCCGAAGAAAAGCAGUUCAGGCAUUGUAUAAAUUCUAUCUCAUUGCUCCCAACCAAGUCCAGCACAUCCAUGACAAGUUCCGGAAAGCCCUGUGUGACAGGGAUGUUGGAGUCAUGGCUGCGUCUUUACAGAUUUACCUUCAAAUGAUUAAGAAAAAUGCAUCUGGAUACAAGGACUUGACAGAGAGCUUUGUAACCAUUCUAAAGCAGGUAGUGGGAGGAAAGCUUCCUAUAGACUUCAAUUACCACAGCGUGCCAGCACCAUGGCUACAAAUUCAGCUCUUAAGAAUACUGGGGCUGUUAGGAAAAGAUGAUCCAAGGACAAGUGAAUUAAUGUAUGAUGUUCUGGAUGAGUCUUUAAGAAGAGCAGAAAUAAAUCAUAAUAUUACAUAUGCUAUCUUAUUUGAAUGUGUACAAACAAUUUAUACCAUUUGCCCCAAAUCUGAUCUGCUUGAGAAGGCUGCCAAAUGCAUUGGGAAAUUUGUUCUAUCACCUAAAAUUAAUUUGAAGUAUUUAGGAUUAAAGGCUCUGACCUAUGUUAUCCAGCAGGAUCCAAAUCUGGCACUUCAGCACCAAAUGACAAUAAUUGAGUGUCUAGACCAUCCUGAUCCUAUCAUCAAAAGGGAGACAUUGGAGCUUCUCUACAGAAUUACCAAUGGGCAGAAUGUAACCGUCAUAGUUCAAAAGAUGCUGGACUACUUAAGACAAAGCAAGGAAGAAUAUACCAUCAUCAACUUAACUGGCAAAAUAGCAGAAUUAGCUGAGAAAUAUGCCCCUGACAAUGAGUGGUUCAUCCAGACUAUGAAUGCAGUAUUUUCGGUAGGAGGAGAUGUAAUGCACUCUGACAUCCCAAACAACUUCUUGAGGCUGCUGGCUGAAGGAUUUGAUGAUGAAAAGGAAGAUGAGCAGCUACGGCUUUAUGCUGUCCAGUCUUAUCUUUCUUUGCUGGAGGAGGAAGAUACUUUUUAUCCACAGAAAUUUCUUCAAGUUAUGAGUUGGGUUUUGGGGGAGUAUUCCUACCUUGUAAAUGAUGGUGAUCCAGAAGUCAUUAUAACAAAACUGCACAGGUUGCUGAAGCAGACCUUUGUUACUUCUGAAACUAAAGCCUGGAUUAUGACUGCAAUCACUAAAAUAUCAUCCCGUAUGCCUUGUUCUAAAACAGUUGAUAAACUAAUCCAGGAAUUCAGCACUUCUCUAGACACAUGCAUGAGGCAAUAUGCCUUUGAAUUAAAACAUUUGUGUGAAAACAAGGAGCUGAUGAAAAACGUGCUUCCGCUUGAUGCCAGUUGUGAUGAGAUAAUGGUAGAUGCUUCCUUAUCUUUCCUAGAUGGGUUUGUGGCUGAAGGACUUAGCUGUGGUGCAGCACCAUAUAAACCUCAUCACCAGAGGCAGGAGGAGAAGCUUUCUCAGGGAAAAGCUCUGAAUUUUGAACCUUAUGGACUGUCAUUUACUUCAAGCAUGUCUUCAUCCUGCUUCACUGGCCGGCAAUCUCCUGCUGGUCUUUCUCUUGGUUCAGACAUGUCUGGUAAUAGUGCCGAGAUAGGACAGAAAGAGACCAAUUGUCUGAAACUUGAUGGUGUGAGGAAACUAUGGGGGAAAGAAGGCUACCUCCCGAAAAAAGAGAACAAAACAGGAAAAGAAGAUAAAACACAACCUGUUCCUCAGGAUAGCAUAUUAAUGGGACAUGUAGUUGAUCCUCCUCUGACACAGUCUGAGCAACAGGUAGUCAGCCUUUCAGAGGAAGACAAGGAGAAGCAGCAGCUCGCAUCAACGUUGUUUGUGGGGCUAGGGUCAAACAAUACUAUCAGUCUGAUGGGGAAAGCAGAUACCACCACUCAGAAGUUCAAAAAAAAAUCAAAAAUAAGUGAAACCCAGAAUAGCAAAGAAACAUCUAGUUUCCAGAAUAUUGCUACCUUGCCUUUCAGUCCUUUACCUGAUUCAGCUCCUAACAAUAAGGAAAACUUUCAGGGCAAUGAACAUCUCGGAUUAAGGAAAGUCUCACUGAGUUCUUCAGAAGUUUUGGAAGCUAGUGUAUCAUUUGAUACGUCUCAAUCCCUGACAGAAGCUGGACUGGAUGAGAAGCUUUCAAACUGUAGACUAUCAACAUCCUCUUUGUUUGCUGAUAGUAAUAUUGAAGUUUUUCAGCCUUCCCAAAGUGUUCCAGAUAUAGUUGCCAAUAAGGCCCCCGUGAGUCUUUGCUUACCAGGUGAACUAGCUGAUCACCCUCAUUCAGAAAUAGUAGAGCUUUGUAGCAGUGACAUCCUGACUAUGUACUCGUGUAAAGUUUGGACAGAUGACUGUUUACUGCUUAUCUUGUUUGUUGCCAACAAAAGCACCUCACCACUCAAAACUGUGACCCUAGUGUUUGAAAAUGCAGAGCAUUUUAAGAUCUUUGAGAGUCUUAGCUGUCGUUUUCCUGUAAUGGAAGCUCAAAGCAUGGAAAGCUGCCAAAAGCGUGUGCAGCUGGAAAAAGUCUGUACAGAGGGCAUUCUCUUCGGCUCCAUUCGUUAUCCUCUAGAUAUGGAUACUCAUCUUGAGUUUUCACUAACUUUCUCAUUGUCCGAUUUCAUCAGACCAAUGAAAAUUACCACUGAAGACUUUGGGAGACUGUGGCUGUCCUUUUCUAAUGAUGUGAAACAAAAUCUAAAAAUGUCACCUUCUCAGGGAUCUCUCUCAGUAGCUCUGAACGCCCUGAAGCAGAAAUUAAAGCUCCAUAUUGUUGAAAUUAUUGGUAAUGAGGGAAUAGUGGCAUGCCGGCUACUUCCAUCAGUCCCCUGUCUGCUGCAUUGUCGUACUCAUGCAAGGACACUGGCACUGUGGUUUAGAUCCUCUUGUUCUGCUCUUCCAGACAGUUUACUAUAUCUGUGUCAAAAGGUGAUGGAGGAAUCUUAAUUGCAACAGUGCCUGCUUUUCUAACAUAUUGGUGUAAAAAUAAAUGCAUACAAAAGACUUACAGGGUUACACAAAUGUUUACCAAAGCAAAAUGAGUUAAAACGAUACUCAAGAGUGGUUUCAUCCCCCCAACUGGCAUGUGCCAUAUGGACUAACGGGAAAGCAGAAUGAUCCACGAUGUGCCUGCAGAAAUGUGCUCAGGAUUUUACAGUUGCUGACAGAUGACCCGAUGAAGUAUUGCUAACUGUUUAAAUGAAAUGUAUAUUUCUUAGUUUAUUGUAGAUGAUUGAAAGUAUUUAUUUUCUAUUACGUAAUUUUUGUAUAUAGCAACCCUUUACUCUUAGGAGCAGCUACUUAGUACUUAAAUAUUAUUUUAAGGAAAACAUCACAGCUAUGAAGUCAGCUUUAUACAGUAAAAAUGAUUCAAAUGCUUGUCUGUAACAUUACCAUUUACUUCAUUUAUGAGCUUUUUCUAAAGCUGCAUUUUAAGCACUAUUGGAAACAAGACCCAUACUGGCUGUUGCACGUGGUAUGUUAUCUUACCACAGAGGAUAGAAGUGCAUGCUUCAUAGUUGUUUCACUGGCUUUAAAUGGUCAGAAGUACUGCACGUGAUCUUUUGGUCGUUUACCAGUUAAGGACUUGACUCAUAUCACACAGACAGUCUUUGGAGAAUGGGAGAGGUGUCUAAAACUGGGAGUUGCAUGAUGAUGGCUAAAUUGGAUGGAGAUCCAUUGCUAUCCAAGUCAUGUGUAUGGUAUCUGCAGCUCCUUGUCAUUUUCAUUUUAUUCCUCUUCUUCACUUGCCUUUGGUAGAAGUCUGUAACACUCAUCAAAAGAACUGUGCAUGUCCCAAAGAUAUUUUUCAAAAGGAUAGUAGAGGAAAAUAUUAAGCCUGGAUUUAUCAUAGCUGUGUGACAGUAUUGAAGGUGCUGUGUAUUUAAUUUGGACUGAAACAUUUGAAUUUAUUUUGAAUUUUCUUUUAUAAUGCUAAUUAUCUACAGUAUUGAUUGGUUAUCAGUCUUUGUAAAUUACUGCUUAUACGUGGUUUGGAUGUAAUUGUGUGGUUACGAAUGUUUCUAAAGGCUUGUUUACACAGAGCAGCAAUGUGCACUAUGGGGGUGUGAUUUCUAAGGUGCACUAACUGGUCCAGGUAGACACUGCUGGUACGCACUAAAAGUUCCCAAGUGCGUUUUACUCUAGUGCUGUAUAUUGAAGUGCAUUAGGGAACUUUCAGUGUGCACUGGCAGGGUCUACACCAGGGGUCUCAAAAACAUGCCCAUGGGCCAGAGUUAUUUCCUGCGGCCUGCUGUGGGUGCCGACUCCACCGGCAGCGAAGCUCCCCUCCCCUCCUGCCCCCGCCCCGAGCAUGCCGCAUCACCACUCCGCCUACUUCCCAGCGCUUCCCAUUGUCAAACAGCUGUUUGGCAGUGCUUAGGAGUUUCCAGGAAGAAGUGGGGAGGAGCAGGGAUGUGGCAGGGCCGGGGUGGGGAUUUGGGGAAAGGGUUGGAACAGGGGCAGGGAGGGAGUGGAGUUGGGGCGGGGACUUUGUGGAAGGGGUUGGAAUGGGGGUGGGAAGAGGCGGGGCCUUAUGGAAGGGGGUGGAGUGAGGGCGGGGCAGGGGACAGAGGGAAGGCUUUAACCAAAGUAAUUCUAAAAGUAAAUGCAUGCUUUGUCGUUUGAGUGAGAUGAGUUACUGAGUAUUUAUAUUUUAUUAAAACCCCUCUUCAUAUUACAGUUUUGAAAAAAGUUAAUACAUUGACUUUUAAUAGCACACUAUAUUGCUCUUCAUUUUUUUUCAUGUUUGACUAUACUUUUAUAUCAUUGUAUGAAAAGGUUUCAGUGAUGUGGCCCUCGGGCCACUGUUCUCAUCCUCAUGUGGCCCUCAUGGUGAUUUGAGUUUGAGAUCCCUGGUCUACACGGACCAACUAAUACACAAUGUGUUAGUGAGCUUUCGAAAUCACACGCACAUAGUGUACAUUGCUGCUUUGUGUCGACAAGCCAUAAGGCUUAAUAGAUCUAAUCAGCCUAGCAUGCAUGCUGUGUGUGUGUGAAUUGUUUCUCCCCUUCUUUAUCACUACUAUUCCCAAAACCCAGCAUCUACGCCUUGGAAUCCUGUGAUCUGCAUUUAUUUAGACAGCAAAUGAAACACAUCACUGUCUUGCACAACUUUACAGUAAUUCACAAGUAGCUAUUUUUCUUUAAAUUUAGAAGAAUUGACAUUUGUGCAAACAAUACUUGCAAGUGUGGCAUACAAAGGAAAUGGAAUUCUACAUCAGUUUGCAUUAUCCUUAUGCUAUUUUUUAUAUUGAAAAGGAAAACCUUAGGAGAUAUCUUAAUAUUCUCAGUUUUCAUCUGGCAGACAUCAGUGUUUAAGGAAAGAAAAGUAUUAAUUAUUUUUAUUUUGCUUCAUUUUGUUAAAUGUUCAUAAAAUCAUAUAAAGAAUGUAAUUUUGAUACACCAGUGAUCAUAAAGAUUGUUUUAAUAACUUCUUUUAGAGAUUAAGCCAAUUGUCUUAUAUUACCACAGGUAUUAUGACAUAAGAAAAGAUCUUUUGGUCACUGCUAUUACAAAACCCUCUAAUUGAGGGAUUUAUUAAAAUGCACUAAGUCUGUAAAUAUAUUAAACAUUCUGCAUGCAUUAAAUAAUGUGUAUUUAAUGCUCUGGGACAAUUUGUAUGAAUGAAAGCUUAUUUUAAUUUCCCUGCUAGUACAGAAUGUAAAUCAAGUUGGGUGCUAUAAUUGGAUUUCAGCGUAUUAUAUAAAAUUACAGAAAUAUCUGUUCUAGCCUAUGCAUUUUUCACCAUUUCUUUAAUGGGAUGUUAAGUCUCUCCUGAUAUGAAACAAACCAGUGAUGCCUUCUGUUUACUUGUAGGUGUGAUGCUCCUCUUUAUCCUUAGUUUUUUCCACCUUGGUUUGUUUAACGUAACCAUAUAGUUAAUGCACUUUGAGCUGUAAAUAUGCAGAUUCUGAGAAAACAAUCAAGGGUCUUAUGUUGCUGUGACAUACAGGGGUUUGCUCGCUUGUACCCGAGGUACAGCCUUUAUUUUUAGAUCGUCCACCAAAACUAUUGUGUUAAUCUCUUUGUGUUUACACUUUUCUGUAAUUUAAUAAUGUGCAUCUAAUAAAAUCUCCAGCCCAGUUUUA